GCGCGCGUUCAGCAGGCGACCCAGCGGCGGAAGGACGCUAUGGAUAUGUUCGGAUCAUCCAAGUCGCGUGCCCAAAAGAGUGACGAGGUCACUGGUAUUUCCCGCAGUGGUCGUGUGAGGAAAAAAUCUUCCAAGCUUGUUGACUUUGAGUCACCUGAUAAUAUUACAGACAAUAAACUUAAGAGGCAGAAGGCUCAAACUCAACAUUUGCAAACUCAGCCAUUCUUGGAAAGUCACUAUGAAAUACAGCAGCAUCAUCAACAGAUACUGCCUAUUCCAUCCAGUCAAGCGAAUAAUGACGGGCGACAAAGGAAAAGUUUGAGCUCUCAUCAUGAACAAUCUAGAAUCAAAGUGGAACUUAAGGAUGAACUCUUGUCUGAUAAUGAAGGACAGUUGUCAGGCUCAGAAUCUGAUGAUCCUGGAUUAAAUGAGGAAGAGAACUAUAGCCUAGAGUCUGGGAGCGAGAAUGAGAUAGAUCCUCUUAUGAUCGAUGAGAGAGAAACGGGAUUCAGAAAACUAGAGCCUCCAUCAGGUCAGGAAACGCCAUCGCAAGCGAAUAGUUUGUAUAUGCUUGAAAAAUGUAAAAAAAAGCUAAUUAUUAAGGAUGGAAAAAUUAUAGGCAAGUCGAAGACCCAGCGGAAGGACAAAGGGAAAACGAGGUUUACUGCUUAUAUGCUAUGGGCAAAGAAAGUUAGGCCAGAACUGUUAGAGCAAAAUCGUUAUAUGGAUUUUGCGACAAUUUCUAAGCGAUUAGGAGAACUGUGGGCUACAGUGCCACAACUGGAAAAAUAUAAUUGGCGCAGGCGUGCAAAGCGCCUAGCGGCAAAAUCGCAUUCUUUGCCGGCAAGUAAAAAUGAACCAAAUUGGAAAAUGCCACAACCUGUCUCUCCAAAAAAGUUCAUUAAUAAAAUUGGUAAUAACGCAAAGGAAGUAAAAUCCGCUUCAAUAAAAAAACCUGCCUCUAUUCAACUUGGUAUGCCGUCUGUAGUCGGGAACAUCCCGGUCUCGCCGUCAAAUCGCACCGGCAAGGAUCUGGUCAAUGAGCCGGUAAUAGGCACGGGAAUGUAUAAAGUCGUGGGAAUGCAGCCGAUCGAUGUCGCUGCUCAUCUCAAACUUCUCGGCGAGAGUUUGACCAUAAUUGGAGAACGUUUGAAGGAACAUGAUGGUCAGAUCGCCAUUUCCGGCACUUUUUCGGUUCUGUUGGACUCGCUGCUCUGUGCCUUAGGUCCGUUGAUGUGUUUAACGCAACAGUUGCCAGAAACGAAUGGCGCUAGACCUGAGACUCUGUCACAAAUGCUUGAUAAUAUCGCAUAUCUUAUGCCGGGUUUAUAAUAUAAAUAAAUAUAAAUAUAUAUAUAUAUAUGUACAUAUACAUGCAUAUACAAAGUAUGUAUAAAGUAUA